CUCUAGCGAGCUCAGAGCUCGAGCCAAACCUCCUCUCCGUCAGUCCGGUGCAGCAACAUCAGGAGACAACAUCACCAUGGCAGCAGAUAUGGAGCCCUCGGAUGUGAUCCGUCUGAUCAUGCAGUACCUGAAGGAGAACAACCUCUACAGAACACUGAACACCUUGCAGGAGGAGACCACCGUGUCUCUGAACACGGUGGAGAGCAUCGACAGUUUCAUCGCAGACAUAAAGAGCGGCCACUGGGACUCGGUGCUGCUGGCCAUCGAGUCCCUCAAGUUACCUGACAACAUUCUCAUUGACCUCUACGAGCAGGUUGUGAUGGAGCUGAUUGAAAUGAGGGAGGUGGGUGCAGCUCGCUCGCUCCUCAGGCAAACCGACCCCAUGAUCAUGCUGAAGCAAACUCAACCAGGGAGGUACCUCCACCUGGAGAACCUGCUCAAAUGCUCCUGCUUUGACCCUCGGGAGGCGUACCCUAAAGGCAGCAACAAGGAGAAGCGGCGCAGGGCGAUAGCCGAGUCUAUGGUUCAGGAGGUCAGCGUGGUGCCUCCUUCUCGCCUCAUGGGACUCCUCGACCAAAUCGGAACUUUGAGACUGCAGCAGUCUCCUGACAGCUCCCCCGACUCCACCAUCGACUCGCACGGAAAAAAGGAGAAAGAGAACUUUCCAACCCAGCUGUACCGACACAUCAAGUUUGGACGUCGGUCACAUGUGGAGUGUGCGCGUUUCUCUCCUGAUGGCAAGUACCUGUUCACCGGCUCAGUGGACGGGUUCAUUGAGGUCUGGAACUAUAGCACGGGAAAAAUCAGCAAGGAUUUGAACUAUCAGGCCCAGGAUAGCUUCAUGAUGAUGGACGACGCCGUGCUGUGUAUGUGCUUCAGUCAGGACUCAGAUCUUCUGGCGACUGGAGCUCAAAAUGGCAAAAUAAAGGUAUGGAAGAUCCAGAGUGGCUUGUGUCUGCGCAGGUUUGAGCAUGCUCACAACAAAGGCGUGACCUGUCUGAGCUUUUCCAAGGACAACAACCAGAUCCUCAGCGCCUCCUUUAACCCGACCAUCAGAAUCCAUGAGCUGAGGUCAGGGAAGACACUGAAGGAGUUAAACGGCCAUUCAUCGUUUGUAAAUGAUGCCUCUUUCACUCAAGACGGCUUACACAUCAUCAGUGCAUCGUCUGAUGGCACGGUUAAGAUUUGGGAUUCAAACUCCUGCGAGUGCAUCGACACUUUUAAAUGUCUGAACUCUGAAGUCCCUGUCAACAAUGUGAUUCCUCUCCCCCAAAACCCUGAGCACUUUGUGAUCUGUAACCACUCCAACACGGUGGUCAUCAUGAACAUGCAGGGUCAGACUGUGAAGACCUUCACCUCCGACAGAAAGGAGGGAUCAGACUUUGUUUGUUGCACCCUGUCACCCCGAGGAGAGUGGAUUUACUGUGUGGGAGAGGACUUAGUGCUGUACUGCUUCAACUAUAAGACAGGGAGACUGCAGAAAACGCUGACCGUUCAUGAGAAAGAAGUAAUUGGCAUCGCUCACCACCCACAUGAGAAUCUGAUCGCCACAUACAGCGAGGACGGCCUCCUGAGGCUAUGGAAACCUUAAACUGUCACCUGCAUUCCUAAUAUGGAGGAUUACCCAUGAGCACAUUAUAAACAUGCUCACUGAGAAAACAAACUCUCCUUUAGGGGAUGUUAGGUAGCUGUUCUGGAGCUUGAUCAUUUCACAUCAUCUUUAACAGUAGAUAGAUUUUUUUUUUAAAUUUUUGUCAUUAAGUUAAAGAGGCGGUGAAAUGGUUAGCGACAAGGUUCCUGUUUUGAAUUCUCCCUGUGCAUGCGUGGGUUCCCUCCCACAGUCCAAUGACAUGCUCGUUAGGUUACUGGUGACUGGAUAAUUGGCCAUAGGUGUGAAUGUGUCAGCCCUGUGACUGACUGGUGAACAGUCGAGGGUGUACCCUGCCUAUCGCUCAAUGACAGCUGGAAUCGGCUCCAGCUCCCCGAACGGGAAAACUCGGUAUAAUGGUUGACUAGAUGGACGACGUUAUAGUUUUGAACUUUUUUUUGUUGUUGUAGUUUUCCGGUCACGUGAAGGGCUUCUUUUUAGUGUUGGCUCAAAGUCUGAGGUGUCAGAUUAAGUUUUGACCUUGGGGACAGUCGAAUAGGAAACCAUACAUUUCUUGGCAAAUUAUCAAACUCCAUCUGCGAUGAAGAUCAUGCGUCAUGACUGAAAGCAACGCAGCAGCGACUAAAUGGAUCCAAAGGGAACAUCAGCAAUGCAUUUAUAUGAUUGAAAUUAUUUGGAAAAACAAAACCCAAAACAAAAGGUCAAGUCAAAGGUAGCUGAUGCAAAAACAUUUAGCUUCAUUGAGGAAAGUAAAAAUACAUGCAAUUUGUAAAUGAAAAAGUAAAGCAGACAAAUAUGUUAAGUCAUAUUUACAGCCUCUUGCAUUUUAAAGACUGUCAAGGUUCAAUAAUUUCUUAUUUUUAAGGAAUCCACUGAUAAGAAUCCUACCAAACAUACUACACAACCAUGAAGAUAUUUAAAAAAAGCUCACAAUUAAAUAUGUCAAAGCAGACGUUUAAACUCAUUUGACAAGUAUUUCAGUUUUUUAUACACAUUCUUUUUUCACUUUUUUAUACAUUUUAUUUUUUGUACAUGUUUUAUUCAUAUAGGUAUUUUUAUUUAUUACUUUACUGGGUCCUUGGUUCUCCAAACUGCCCACACUCUUCCUCAUGGAUCCAACUUCACCAGUGCACUUUGAAUCCCCAUUUUCAUCUCUCGUGUCGGUAUUAGACAUGAAAAUGCAUGAUGGUGAACUGUCGUGGAAAUAUUUAUAAUGUGCUUCUUGUUUGGGCAUAAACAAACAAUAUCAGGUUUUUGAAUUGCCAGCUUUGGUUUUAUAUGAUGAACUUUUGUAAGGAUUAUUGAGCAAUGAUUCAGAUGUAUUGAUCCGUUUUUGUCCUCUGUGCUCCCUGCAUGCUAACUCGGUGCAGUUUAAGUGUGACUCUACAAUAAUUUGAGUAUUCUUUAAAAAUAUGCAUGACGGAUUAUGAAUCUCUUUUGAGCUUCCUGUCAAUGUACAAUGUAUUUAAAGCUGUCAUAUUAUUGUCAGUGUGUUGCGUUGACUCUUAUCUGUGUCCCUGUGCAUCAGUAGGACAUGUACUACGCCUGCAAGAAACAGAGCUAUUGCCUUUUUAUUUUUGUGCUACGCUGUAUGGUACAAACGAUCAUCGAUCUCUGUGCAGUCGUCCUCCCAUCAUCAAAAUGUUAAUUCAUUACAAUAUAUUUUAUAUAUCCAUCAAGUUGUACAUAACACCGCCAGAUGUUGAAAUGAUUAUCAAUAAAAUUAAAAAGUUAUUAAUUUG